GUCGUUGGACUGUUGAUACGGGAAUGCGAUGGUUGUGAGUGACAACAGAACUGACAUCGUAGAGUCACUCAUGUACACUGAUUAAAAACUAGUCAAGAAACCGUGCAAGUGAAAGUCUGGCCACGCAGCGCAAGUCAACAUCCGCAGAUCACUUGCCCUUUGCCCAUGAUAUCUUCAGUUCGCACUCGGGCGUCACCUUGAAGCCAUUCAGCCCGUGCAUGGCGACCUCCGCCUGCAUGACACCCAGACAGUCACCACCAGUUGGUUUUGUUUCUUCUUCUCCCAUGUCAGUGCAUAGCUGGUGUGCGGUCAAAAUCACCUGCAUCGACUCCUCGUAGUCCACAAACGCAACAUGACGACCCUCAAUCAAUCGCGCCUGAUGGAAACACACGAAAGCCCCGUGCUAAGUGAGCGAACCUCUCUCUCUGUCUGCUUUGAGUGCGCACCUCGACAAAUCCCGGGUAUUGCCCAAACAGAGCAUUGAGUGCCUCAACUGUGAUCCUCUCCUCCAGGUUCUCCACAAAUAUCGUGUGCGGUGCGCCUGGAGCCGCCUGCGAUGGCGGCGCGGCAGCCGCUGUGGGCUUCCUCUUGGCUUGCGCUUGCUGCUUGUCGGCUCCCUUGUCUUGGUCCUUGCGCUUCUUGGGCAGGUAGGUGCCUCUGUCCUUGAGCACGGCGUCGGACUGUGUCUUGGCGUACGCCAGCUUCAGCGGCUUCUCCAGGAAAUCCUGACCCUGAACGAAUGGAGCGGCCACAACACAGCGUGCCGGUGUGGAUCGAGCAGACGUGUGCAGAUGUCUGUCCGUCCUACCUGCAGGCUCCUGAGUGCCGUGGUGGCGCUCAUGAUGUCCCGAAAGACAAUGAACGCCUGACCUCGCUUGGAUGGCGUCUUCUGGGCUUGGAUGUCGAGGAUCUCGCCGAACUGGCUGAACAGCUCGAAGAGGUUGACUCGCAUGUCAGGCAGCUUGGUCUUGUCGUUGAGGUUGCUCACGUAGAGCGUCUGGUUGGGAGGAAUGUCGCCUGCCAGCAUUGUCAGGAGGAAAUUAAGACGGCGAAUGAGAUAGAUGAUCACAGAGGAAGGAGCGAGGCAAGGCAGAUCAAAGCUUG